UGCAGUAUGGACAGGAUCUAAUGGGUCUCUACAGUUCUUUCACUGAACACAACUAAACACAGGGGCAAAUGUGACCAUACCAUGAGAUUCGGAUAAUCUGCUUACAAAGUUUUAUGUCAGUAGCACCUCACUUGUCAGGUGCUGAAUUACAAACAUAUCCAGUUUUAAAAGCUUUUAUUUCUUUUCGGAAAGCAGAGAUUUUUAGAUGGGAGUCCAUAUAUUCCAACGUAUAAAGUGUCCGCCCUCCUAAUAUCUGCAAACUGAGCCAUUGGAAGUUGGGAUACUGGGUAUUCUUACCUCGGCCGAUGAUUUUCAACUUUGCGUUUGGUCUGUCUUCAAUUAAAUUUCCAGUCCAAACAGGUUUCACCUUUAUUUCACUACAAUGUAUUGCACCGAGAGAAGAGUGUUGGAAAACAACAGUCAAAGAUCAGAAGGGAAAAAGCUCUACUAUGGUUCUGCUACGACACAAAUUAAGGAAGAGACAGAGUACAUUAAAAAGAUGCGAAUUACAUUACAAACAAUGCGACAACAACUAUUUGGAACUGAGGGUGAAGAGGCUGACAACCAACAAGAUCAAGAGAGGAAGAGACAAACGCUGGAAUCAGCUGGAGUUAGUGAAGCUGAGCCAUGUGUUGCUGAACUCUGUUCUAAGUAUCGUCAGACCCUAGAACAGAUCAAAACAAAGGAUGCCCAGCUGCGCGCUAUUCAGUGGGAAAACAAGGAACUAUUAACGAAGCUGGAGGCCUGCCAAGAAGCAGGAGCUGCAGCACUUCGGAAUGCCUCACAAAAACUUUUUGAAAACUACCAAAGGCAGAUGGAUGAACUAAGACAACGGCAUGACGAAGAGAAGCACAAAUUGCAGACUUUUGCUGAGGAGCAGGAGCAAAGUUUAAAGAGAAGUGUGGAAAAUUACAAUAGCCUGGUGCUGCAACUCCAGCAAAAACAGAACAGAGCCACAGAACUGGAAAAUCUAAUAGAGAGGAUGGAGAAGGAGAAGAAAGAGCUGAUGGAAAAGAAACAGUCAUUGGAAAAAAAGAUGCAUUGGAAGAGGUCUACUUCUAUGGAUGUUCCAGAUGGCUCAUCGAGGUUUCAGGAUCUUCAGCUAGAAGUUUCUGCACUACGUGAAAAGAUAUUUCAUCUAGACAGUGUUGUCACCCAACAACAUCGAAAACUAUACAGUGUAAUAAAUACGAUUGAAAAUUUGAAAAUGAAGUUGACAAAACAGGAUCAAAUUAUACUCUGUCUGAGGGAACAAGUGGGCAUACUUGAAGCAGAGAACAAAGAACUGAAAUAUAAAGUUGAAGUUUACUCUGACAAGCAAAACACAAAUGCCUCACCAGUAUCCUGUGCCAGUUAUGAAUCUGCUCGAAACAAAACCCCAUACCAAAUGUUAAUGAAGUGGAAAAAGAAAAGUGCCUGACCAUGGAUCACCUGGUUCUAUACAGCAGAGUGUUUACCACAGAAGAGAUGUUAAAGAAGAGAGCUUGGUGCCUCUGCACGCGGAACCUGCCUUCCAGCUGCUCUGGGACCAAACAAGCACAACAGGAUGAAGAUAAAAAAUCAAAUUUGUCUAAAACUGGACACGACCAAAAAAAAGGCUUCAGAUCUCCUGAGUCUGUGGUCUUUCAGAUACAUUUCAUGUUAAGAAAUAAAAUGCUGUAAAUGAAAAAAAAGGGAAUGUUGUGGAAAAGAAAUGAAAAUGUUCUAUAAGGUACAACUCAGAGGAUUAAGGAUGAUACAACUUGCAUUCGAGCAUUGUCAUGAAAACAAGCCUUUUCUGUACUGCAUUGUUUGAAAUCUCUUAGCACAUCAUUAUAUGAUUUACUGCUUUGCAGAACACAUUAUUGUGCAGUGCCAGCAGCAGGUAGUUUUAAACAAUGCUGUGUGCCCAUUUUAAUUUUUAAUUCAGGGAACAUGGGCAGAAUUAAACAUUUACAGAGUAACU